AUGCGAUUUCUUCCCCGCCGAUUCGUUUUCUCUUUCUCCGGCGACAUUUUCCGGCAUAUCUCCUCCUCCUCCGACGUCAAGCAUCCUCGUCUCACAAACCUCUCCAAGAUCCCUUACUGGCACAGACAUCAAGUCAUUCAACACGCUCAAGAAGCUCUCACCGAUUACCUUCACAUCACCAGGUCUCUCUCAUUUACCUACUCCGAGAAAAUCAGCAAGAAUUCACUCAUAUCUCUCUCAUCUAUCGUUUCCGAGGUCAAUUUCUCUCCUUCUACCUUCUCCAAAUCAUUUUCUAGGUUUCUCAGGUAUCAUCCAGUUAACGAAUUCGAAUUUUUCUUCGAGAGUAUUGGUAUUAAUCAUAGAGAUAUCGCUUUGUUUUUACCUGAGAAUAAGUUUUUCUUCUAUGAAGAUCCUUCGAUUCUGAAUGUUGCUUGUGCUUUAUCAGAAUUUGGAUUUCCUUGGAAUAGGUUGGGGAAAUUGUAUAUGGAUGAUUCUUCAAUUUUCAGUCAAAACCCAGAUGAAUUAACUAAAAAAUUAGAUUUGUUUAAGAGUUAUGGACUGAAUUCUGCAGCUGUUAUUGGUAUUUGUUUGGUUUUCCCUACUGUUUUGUGUGGUGAUCUUGAUCUAGCAGUGGAAAUUAGUUCAUUGAUGAUUGAUUUGAUUAGUUUAUUGAAGGAUAAUCUUGAUGGCUGGUGUGAGUUUUGUUGUAAGAUUAAGGUGUUUUAUGAUUUAGGUUACGAAAAGGGGAGAAUUAGGGAUUUGCUUAGGAGAAACAUAACGAUUUUCAUUGAUUUCUCGGAAGUGUUCUUGAUUGAAAUGGUGGAGUUCUUCUGUAAUUUUGAUAUUGAUAAGAAGGAAGCUGGAUUGUUUCUACUUGAGAGACCAGAUAUCUUUCAUUUCGAUUUGAACGAAAAAGUGAUUUCAGUUACAGGGAUUCUGAAACAUUUCGGUAUGGAUUCUGAAGAACUAGAAUCAAUUGGUGAGAAAUUUCCCUAUAUUUGGGGAAGGAACAAGAUGAAGAAUUUACCUUGUGUUCUUAGAGCUUUGGAUUUACAAGAAUGGGUUUUCGACAAGAUUAGAAAUGGUGAUCGUCAUCAUCUACUAAGAACUUACUCUAUUGCCAACAUGGAUGAAGAAGACAUUGAUAGAAACUACAUAGAUGCUCUCGAAAAGGUAAAAUCAUCGAAAUACCAUAUUCACCUUCUAUCUAAGUUGGAGUUUCUUCAUGGAAUUGGUUUCGGAGAAAACAAACUGACAAUGCAAGUACUAAACGGGCUUCAUGGAACUGGUUUAGAGUUGAAAGAUCGAUUUGAUUUUAUGCUUAGACAUGGAUUUUGUUACUCGAGGCUUUGUAAAAUGUUGAGUUCUACACCAAAGUUUCUUAACCAGAAUUCGGAGAUUCUUGAAAAGAAAAUAAACUUCCUUGCAUCGGAAAUGGGUUCAUCUUCGCUGUAUCUUGAUUCGUUUCCAACGUUCAUAUGUUAUGAUUUGGAGAAGCGAAUACAACCAAGGUACAGAUUUUAUACAUGGCUUAUAGAGACGGGUUUGUGUAAGAAAAAUUACUCACUUGCUAGUUUGAUUGCUACUAGCGAGAAGAACUUCAUUGCUCGCGUUUUUAGUAUUCAUCCUGUUGCUCCUAAGUUUUGGUUAGAGUGUUUUAAACUUAAAUCAAGUUAA